AUGGCCUUUCACGAGAGUGAUCUCCACUGGUCACAGUCAGAUUCACGCGCAUCUGAAGGCACGCUAGUAGCUGCCUGGCAGCGGCCAGGCGAUGAUAGGAGUAGUCCCGACUGUUGCGAGAUCGAUUUGCAACCGCGACGCCGGCGAUGGCAGCAGCAUCAUCUUCAUCCUCGAGCCCGCCUGUGGGGUCGCAUCAUCCAGUUUAAAUUAGUGCUAGUGUUAUCGGUAGUGUCAGUAUUUAGCGGUAUCUAUUCCGUGGUUCACUGUGAUGAGAAUGUAACGAUCAGUGCUAGUGGUAGCAGCACCGGUGAGGAGCUAUGGGAUGGGCUUUAUGCGGGUGGAGCAGGCGAUGAAGCGGUGGUGGCUAGUGCAAACGAUAUCGAGGAUACCCAAGAUGGGUUGUUACACUUCACACAUCACUGGGCGGUGCACAUACCGGACGGCGAUCAGCAGGAUCUAGCAGAUCGGGUUGCUGCCGAACACGGAUUCAUCAACCGUGGCAAGAUUUUUCAUGAAUACUAUCACUUUGAGCACAGUCGCUUACACAAGCGAUCGUUGAGUCCUUCCAAGCCGCAUCAGUUGAGACUAGAUUCGGACUGGCGUGUCCGAUGGGCGCAGCAACAGCGAGCAAAAUCACGUCAGAAGCGAGACUUUCGGCCACUAUCGAAGCCGUACCAACUUCCCAUUCAGCUGAAUGAUCCGAAAUGGCCCGAAAUGUGGUACUUGAAUCGCGGCAACGGGCUGGAUAUGAAUGUGAUUCCCGCAUGGAAGGAAGGCGUGACGGGCAAAGGCGUGGUGGUAACGAUUCUGGAUGAUGGAUUGGAAUUAGAUCACCCCGAUUUAGAGCAUAAUUAUGAUCCGUACGCUUCGUACGAUGUAAAUAGCUCGGAUAAUGAUCCGAUGCCUCACUACGAUCUGACCGAUUCGAACCGCCACGGAACGCGGUGUGCCGGUGAAGUAGCGGCCACGGCAAACAAUUCAAAGUGCGCCGUCGGAAUCGCUUACGGAGCAAAGGUUGGUGGAGUGCGCAUGCUGGAUGGAGAUGUGACCGACAUCGUGGAAGCACGCUCACUGGGUCACAACUCGCAGCACAUCGAUAUCUACAGCGCGUCCUGGGGUCCGGACGACGACGGUAAAACGGUGGAUGGUCCAGGUGAGCUGGCAACGCGCGCCUUUAUCGAGGGCGUCCGCAACGGGCGCGGCGGCAAGGGGUCAAUUUUUAUCUGGGCCUCGGGAAACGGUGGCCGCGAGCACGACAACUGCAACUGUGAUGGCUAUACCAACUCCAUUUGGACGCUUUCGAUUUCGUCCACCUCGCAGGAGGGUCAGGUGCCUUGGUUCUCGGAAAUGUGCAGCUCAACGUUAGCCACCACAUACAGCAGCGGGAACACUAACGAAAAGCAGGUGAUCACAACGGAUCUUCACCACACCUGCACUACGUCCCAUACGGGUACCUCAGCUUCGGCUCCUCUGGCAGCCGGUAUUGCGGCCCUCGUCCUCGAGGCCAACCGUAAUCUCACUUGGCGUGAUCUACAGCAUAUCGUCGUCAGAACGGCUAAACCCGGCAACCUAAUCGAUCAGAACUGGUCCGUUAACGGCGUCGGGCGACGGGUGUCACAUUCGUUCGGGUACGGCCUAAUGGAUGCUGCCGCCAUGGUUCGGUUGGCUCGCGCAUGGAAAACCGUCCCGGAGCAGCAGGUCUGCGAAAUCAACGCCCGCCAUCUGGACAAACAAAUACCUCCCCGUACCAAAGUCAGCCUGCAGCUGAUCGUGGAGCACUGCAUGGGCGUGAACUAUCUCGAACACGUACAGGCGAAAAUCACCCUUACCUCGCAACGCCGCGGGGACAUUAAAAUCUUUCUAACCUCGCCAUCCGGAACCCGGGUCACGCUGCUAACGAAUCGAUCCCACGAUUUGUCGCGGUCCGGGUUCAAUCAGUGGCCGUUCAUGUCAGUGCACACUUGGGGUGAAGCACCCCACGGAACCUGGCAGCUGGAGAUCCACAAUGAAGGACGUUUGUUAGGAUAUUCGAUGAUACGUGGCUGGUCGUUGGUGUUGUACGGCACGAGCAUUCCGCCGAAUCCGAACGAUCCACCGAAUGUGUCGAGAUCAUUCUCAACGCCGGCACCGGCCCUGCCUCCAAUCCUGCCAGCAACCGGCUUCAACAGCUACGUGGUCAGUGGAGGAUCAAAGAAUUACUACUCCUCGUCGUCGUCCGCGUCUUCCUCGAGCGUGGUGACAGGCGUGUCCUCAGCUUCAUCAUCGUCCGUCUCGGGUGCCUCUAAACCAAACCGCAAGCAGCAACAGCUGCAGUAUCAGACCCAGUAUCAUCAGACGGGCUCCACGGUUUCCGUUCAGUACGGAAUGACUCCGGCCUACAACACAGGCACCAGUAGUAGCGGCGGCAACGGCAACAAUAAUCGUGGUAAUAAAGGAAAAAACAACAAAAAUAAAGGAAACAAGAACCUAUCGAAAACCACAACCGCUCGACCGGUGCUGUCGUCAGUAGGCAACCAGCAAACUACGGCAAACGUGUACCUCAGCAAUUACGGCGGUACAAGUUCCGGUGGUAAUGGUGGUGGUCGAAAAAUUCCUUCCUCGAAACAGAAACCACCGCCACCGUUGCAAACCAUUAAUUACGGCAAGGGAGACAAGUACCACGCGGCGUCCUCGAACAUUCAGGAUAAGCAGAUCGCAAUCAAAGCUCCAAAGCAGGUCAAGCAGAACGGUUUCCAAUCGCCCUCGAAAUCAUCUUCACCAGCCUCAUCCUCAUCAUCAUCGUCAGCCCCGUCUUCCUCGUCAACAUCGUCGUCCGGAAGCACGGGUCGUAAAACCACAACCACCACCGCAACAACGGCUGCCGGUGGCAGCGGCCCAUCAACAACGCUGUCAUCUUCCUCGAUCACUCUACAGGGUUCGACGACGAGUGGCGGCAACACGCCAACAUCACCCGGUGGGGUUGCAGGAGGCGCAUUAACCCUUUCGCUCGGGGGUGCCACAGUAACCGCAAGCCCAACAUACACCGACCGCUAUCCGGCCGCGUCAUCCGGUAACGCACGCAUACCGAAGGUCUUUCAGCAGUACGACAAAAUACAGCAGUUCUACCCGGAGCUGCAGCCCUACUCUUCCAUACGGGAUGAGCACGACCUGCAUCUGUCCCUUCUGCCCGGUACAUCGGGCCAGGCUGUUCCAGCUCCUCCGGCCGUGAAGCUCAGCUCCCCAGUUGGAUCCGAUCCCACCGGAGGCCACAGUAAUUUCCAGUUGCAAACCGGUGGCAAAUUGGAAAUACCAUCCGGAUCUAAACUAUCGGCUCCUACGGGAAAUAUGCAUAGCAUUGGUGGCGCCGCCACAUCAACGCUCUCGGGGUCUACCUCGUCACUUGGGAAACCCUCUCGUGCCAAUGCAAAAAUCUUUUUCCCCGACUCUGACAUCAUCGAUGCGAUACCGCGUAAAAUUUCGUCCAGCUUACAACCGAUUCCGCCGUCGUACGUUUCCUCGCCGUACUACAGUCGAACGCAGAGCUCCUUUAUAUCGUCUUCCAACGACCAGAAGCACGGAAAGGCGCAAAUUACACAGUGGGAUCUUAUUUUCUACGGCACGGAAACGCCUGCACAACCGAACGAUCCAAUACGCUUCAACAAACCCAAUUACGAUAGUAAUUUUGGUGGCGAAAUGGAACAUAACGCGCUGGAAUUUGACAGUGGCGUUACCAGUGACCAAUGGCGAGAUAUGCAGCAGAUCGGCGAAGGGCACAGUGAGGUUCAAAGGACCUCGUCAAACGACGUGACGGCGUUAUCCUGCUCACGGUUUUAUGCUGCCAGCUGUAUAGAGUGCAAACCGACGGCAUAUCACUACAAGGGCCGCUGCUACAUCAUAUGUCCUCCGGGAACGUACCCCUCGGGUCCGCUAGCCAACGAAACCGCAUCCGGUACGUUCCAACCGAUGGACACCGACGAAACGGCCCUCAACGUUCAACAGCCCCUGCCAGCCUCCUCGCUGCGUCGCCGCCGGAACCAGUCCGAACCUGCCACUGAUCCAUUCGUAGCUCAACCCCGGAACCUGCCGGAGUGCCUGCAGUGCCAUGCAACCUGCCUCCGGUGUACCGGACCUCAUCCAACUGACUGCACUGAGUGUCAGGCGGCUUUCCGCUUCCAAUCGAUGGCGUCCAACGUCAACGGGAGCCGCAUUUGUGUGUCGAUCAACGAUAAGAGACCGUCACCGGGAUCGUCGAGUGGUGGCACGAAGGGUACCGGUGGUUCUAUGAUGGCUCCAGCAACCGAAGCACCAACGGUGGCCCACGACUCCAACCAGCACAGCUACCUGUUGUCCGUGGUCUUCUUGGGUGGCGUGUUGGCGAUGGCAUUUGCCGCGAUUUAUCUGCUGUGGCUCCACUGCUUCCAGGGGUCGCCUGGCAUCAGCGAGCUGUCGUCGGGUGCUGCCAGUCUUGUGGGGGUUGUAGCGGACAGUGCUGGAAGUGGAGGCGCAGGAGGAUCCACCGGAUUGGCCAGCAUCCGGUACGAUCGCGUACACACGAUGGAGCAUGAGGACGACGAUAGCGCGAGCGAGGAAGACGACGAGGACGAUCAGGACGAUUACGACGCGUCCAAGAUCAUGGGGUUGGGGCGUUCGAAUCAAAUUAAAUAGUGAAUCGGGAACUAUGAGCGAGCCAGACAGAACACGCUACUGGGCAGCUAAGAGGAAAAGCACGUGACAAAAGCAAUACAAACGUAUAGAUAGAACUUUUAAUGAAAUAAACAAACAAUA